UCUUAUUUUUCCCCAAUUGUGAAUCAUCUUGAAAAUUUGUUUUUAAUUUUUUAAUUGUUAACACGACCAGCCAAUGCAGAAGUAACCAUGUUCAGCAGCGGACCAAACUACAACAAACUGAAGACCAAUCUUCGGCUGGCCUUAAACCGGCUGAAAUUGCUGGAGAAGAAGAAGUCGGAACUAACGCAAAAGUCACGAAAGGAAAUCGCAGACUACCUGGCUACAGGAAAAACGGAACGGGCUCGCAUACGUGUUGAGCAUAUUAUUAGAGAGGAUUACCUGGUGGAGGCAAUGGAAAUAGUGGAAAUGUACUGCGACCUGUUGCUGGCCCGUUUUGGACUUAUUACCCAAAUGAAGGAACUAGAUGCGGGCAUAGCCGAACCAGUCUCUAGCUUGGUAUGGGUGUGUCCCCGUCUCCAGAGCGACAUAGCCGAAUUGAAAGUCAUCUCGGACAUUUUCAUCCAUAAAUAUGGACCGCAAUUUGCGGAACAUUCACGGACAGCCACUGGAGAGCAUUUCGUAUCGGAGAAGCUGAUGCAUAAGCUGACAUUGCAAGCUCCACCCAAAUUGCUGGUGGAGAAGUAUUUGAUAGCCAUUGCCAAGAACUACAAUAUUGAAUACGAACCAGAUCCGCAAGUGAUGCAGGAGGAACAGAAACCGGAUCAACAGCCGCAGGCACAUUUAAUUGAUCUAUCAGAUAGAAAUAAUCUCAGUGGAGGAAGUGGUGGAGCACCUCCACCACAGAUGGGUUUCAUUGGUUAUCCGGCAGUUCCGCCAUUGCCCUCCAUGCCAGAGCCCCCGACCAGCAAACCAUUCAACUAUCCACCCUUUGGUGGAGGUGGAGGAGGUGGGGCAGCCGCCAUGAAUCCCAUGCAGCCGCCACCGCCGUUUGCCUACAAUAUACCGCCCAAUCAGCCGCCGGCUCCUGCCGUGUUGCCCAGCAAGUGUUCAGGAAAUGUUCCGGAGGAAAAGGAUUUAAAUACGAAUUUCAUAAAUCAGGAAACUAAAGAGGCUGAAGCAAGUGGUAGCGGAGGCUCUUGUAGUCCCGAUGAAAAUAUUUUGCGCCCCAAGCCUGAUUAUGAUCCACCGCCCCGAUAUACUUCCAUUAAUCCCGUUAAUCUGCAGAAUGCCAACAAACCCAAACCACAACCACGUUCAAAGCUGCCACCUGGCGGACCGGCUCAACCCAGUGCUCCUCCAGACAUAGACUUGCCAUCGCUGCCAAAUGUUCCACUGGAUUUGCCCGAUGUGCCCUCCCCGUCGUCAGGCGGUGGGAAAAAGGAUGAUGACGAUGAAAUUGAUUUCGAUGACCUUUCACGACGGUUUGAGAAUUUAAAAAAACGGAAAUAAGCAAGCAUCCAGCAUUAUUAUUAUUCUUAUUGUUCCCCUACUUAUACCCACAUACCAUUAUAUAUAUAUACCUAUGUAUGUUAUCUGCUCUAAAAUAAAAUCAACGAACAACAAUGAAGGAGAGCCUUAGAACUUGA